AUGUCCAACAGCAGCUCCYUCACUGAGUUCCUCCUCCUGGCAUUYGCAGWCASGCGGGAGCUGCAACUCUUGCACUUCUCCCUCUUCCUGGCCAUCUACCUGCCUGCCCUCAUAGGCAAUGGCCUCAUCAUCACAGCCAUAGCCUGUGACCACCGCCUCCACACCCCCAUGUACUUCUUCCUCCUCAACCUCUCUGUCCUCGACCUUGGCGCCAUCUCUACCACUGUCCCCAGAUCCAUGGCCAACUCCCUCUGGGACACCAGAGCCAUUUCCUUUUAUGCAUGUGCCACCCAGGUCUUCUUGUUGAUCUUCUUCUUAGGAGGGGAGCUUUUUCUCCUCACAGUGAUGGCCUAUGACCGCUUUGUGGCCAUCUGCAGACCCCUGCACUAUGGGAGCCUCCUGGGCAGCAGAGCUUGUGUCCAAAUGGCAGCAGCUGCCUGGCUUUCUGGGUUUCUGAUUGCUCUCCUGCAGACAGGGAAUACAUUUUCCAUUCCACUGUGUGAAGGCAAUGAGGUGGAUCAGUUCUUCUGUGRGAUCCCCCAGAUCCUCAAGCUCUCCUGCUCACACUCCUACCUCAGGAAAGUUGGAGUUACCAUAGUUCAUGGCUGUAUAGACUUUGGUUGUUUCAUUUUCAUUGUGGUGUCCUACAUGCAGAUCUUCAGAGCUGUGCUGAGGAUGCCCUCUGAGCAGGGCCGCCACAAAGCCUUUUCCAUGUGUCUCCCGCACCUGGCUGUGGUCUCCCUCUUUAUCAGCACCACCAUGUUUGCCUACCUGAAGCCGUCCUUCAUCUCCUCCCCAGUUCUACAUCUCGUGGUGGCUGUUCUGUACUCAGUGGUGCCUCCAGCACUGAACCCCCUCAUCUACAGCAUGAGGAAUAAAGAGCUCAAGAUUGCCCUGAGGAAACUGAUUUCCUGGACAUUUUUCAGCCGUGCUGAUAUUUUUAUCUCUCUCCACAAAUGA